AACAAUCGAUGGAUUCAAAGGUUUGGGAUCGAGAGAAGAGGCAAACAAUUAGUGAAUAGCAAUCGUCACAAUUGGUCCACAACUAAAGCCAUUAUCAACGAUGAAUUGGAGGCCAUUAGAAGUUCCGGUGUCUGGAAAGCGGAACGUAUUAUCACUUCGAAACAGGACUCGCAUAUCAGUGUCGAGGGAAGGACUCAACAAGUGAUCAACUUUUGUGCCAAUAAUUAUCUCGGAUUAUCUAGUAAUGCCGAAGUGGUCAGCGCCGGGAAGGAUGCGCUCGACAAAUAUGGUUCGGGUUUGAGUUCCGUCCGCUUUAUUUGCGGCACUCAAGACAUACACAAAGCACUUGAGGCCAAAAUCGCCAAAUUUCACGGCCGAGAGGANGUGAUCAGCGCCGGGAAGGAUGCGCUCGACAAAUAUGGUUCGGGUUUGAGUUCCGUCCGCUUUAUUUGCGGCACUCAAGACAUACACAAAGCACUUGAGGCCAAAAUCGCCAAAUUUCACGGCCGAGAGGACGCCAUUCUGUACGCCAGUUGUUUCGACGCAAACGCCGGACUCUUCGAAGCGCUCCUAUCGGCUGAAGACGCCAUCAUUUCCGAUGAGUUAAACCACGCGUCCAUUAUUGAUGGCAUCCGAUUGAGUAAAGCGCAGAGAUUUCGGUAUAAACACAGAGAUAUGAAUGAUUUGGAGGACAUUCUCAAGAAUAACCAAAAGGCGAGAAAUCGGUUGAUAGCAACGGAUGGUGUGUUUAGUAUGGAUGGAAAUGUGGCCCCACUUAACAAGAUCUAUCAAUUGGCCCAAAAAUACAACGCUAUUGUAUUCGUGGACGAGUGUCACAGCACCGGGUUCUUUGGCAAUACAGGCCGCGGCACCGAAGAGUUCUUCAAUUUGAGCGGUAAAAUCGAUAUAAUAAACUCAACUUUGGGUAAAGCCCUGGGAGGCGCCGCCGGGGGCUAUACUACGGGCAACAAAGAGCUGAUAGAUCUAUUGCGCCAAAGAUCGCGACCCUAUCUGUUCUCCAAUUCAUUACCGCCAGCAGUGGUCGCCUCCGCCUCCAAAGUAUUUGAUUUAUUGACACAAAGCUCUGCGUUAACCGAAAGAGUCAAACGAAACACAACUGUCUUCAGGACUGAAAUGAAAAGUUUUGGUUUCAAUAUUUUGGGUGACGAUCAUCCCAUUUGCCCCGUUUUUAUCGGUGACGCCCGACUGGCCACUAAUUUUGCUGAUCAAAUGCUCGAGAAUGGCAUUUAUGUGAUUGGAUUCAGUUAUCCAGUGGUACCCAAAGGAAAGGCCAGAAUUCGGGUUCAAAUAUCUGCCGCACAUUCGGAUGAAGACAUUAAGAAGACAAUCGACGCCUUCGUUAAAGUCGGACGAAAAUUGCAAGUAAUUUAAUGCAAAGUAUAAAUGACAGCAUUUUCAGGCACUCAUUAAUAUGAGAUUCAAUUUUAUAAUUAAACAUCAAUUGUUUGAAUUUCAAGUUUACAUUCAAUAUAGUGUUAAUUAUAAGAUAUUUGAUAUAUUUCUCUAAUUACAGUCAAAACAC